AUGGUCUCAUUUCAUAUACUUCAAUCUUAUGAUCCUGGUGAAGAUAUCUUACGUAGAACGCAUGCAGAUGCGUUUACCAAAAUGGCUGUGUUGAAUGAACUAUCCUCACUCAAUUUAGUUACUCUUCGAUUCCAUCAUGACCAUCCUGAAUUAGCCACAAGUAUGAACAUCAAUACAAAACUUACUUAUUUGGAGUUGAUAUUUUACGGAACAGAAGAGAAGAUAUCGAUCUAUUCUUUGAUUCCUGUUCUUCGUGUGUGUACUGCAUUACGACAACUAAAUGUUAUCAUCAAAGGUACGAAGCCAGAAGAUAAUCAUAUCACGAAUACUUCAAAUUUAUUGUCAAUGAACGAACAUGAGUCUUCGACCAUAUCGCCAUUAAAAAUACUUGACCUGCAGAUAUGGAUACAAUUCGAUAUUCGUUCACUGAAUUCCAUUCUUCGUUGUGUACCUAGUCUUGAAGAAUUUUGUGUUACUGUUCUCAAUGACAAUAUGAAUGCACCGUUCAUGGAUUUGUUAAUUAAUGGACACAAUUGGCAACGAUUAUUGACAAGUUAUAUGCCAAAUAUGAAGAAAUUUGAUUUUCUUAUGACUUUUCUAAUCGGUGAUAAAUCGUUAGAUUCGACCGCGAUUCUUCACUCAUUCAAUUACUUUCAAAGACAGUAUGAUAGUUGGCAUAUGGCUGUCAGCCGAUGGCAAAUCCUUCAAGAAUUUGCAUCCUAUUUAUCCUUCGAACUGUUGGAAAUACCGCAACUAUUCCAAAAUAUCUACAAUUCAGUUUUCACACAUUCAAAUCAGAAUGAUUCACAUGAAUAUGUUACAAAUCUUUCAUCUCUUAUUGAUCUAUCCACUGUUUCGACAUUGGAAUUUAAACAUACGAAUAACUUAACGCGGUCAUAUGUUGUGCCACAUGUUUUAUUAGCAUGUGUCAAUGUUACAGAGCUUUUUAUGCAUACUUCACUGUUUUUCUCGUCUGGCUUCAUUGAUAAUUCUGAACUUCUUCUCGCUUUUGAUCGAAUAACGCAAUUACACUUAAGUUCAAAUCAUGCGUAUCUUUCGCCCAAACAUGGAUCGAAAAUUGUUGAACGUUUUCCAUCGUUGACACAUAUCGAAAUGAAUGUAUAUUCACUUGAUUGUAGCAUACCACUCGUCGAGAUUUUCGUGGGCGGUCUCAAAAUGCUAAAGCAUCUUGCCAUGAGAUUUUCUCAUGAGGGUUUGAUAGAUGAUGCAAUUUCGCGAGAUCAUAUCAUUGAAAAACGGCGUCAAUUAUUUGGUUUAAAUAGAAACGAUGAAUACAAAGUAAUUGUGAAAAUUGAAGAGCAUAACACUUUGUACAUUUGGAUUCUAUGA